GUACCCACAAUGCAACCUUUAGUGGCCAUUUUACUUGUUUUUGCAAUGGUUUUCGAUAGCGGCAAUGAAAAAGCAUGAAACUCUGCAUGUAUUUCACAGUUUCCCAAACAGAUUCGAUUUCUUUCCACACAUAGAGAAAUUCUGAACUUGGUUUCUUGAUGAGCACCCCUUUACGGAGGGGUUAAGGCCGCCGAGAUUGGGCGCAUCGCGAGCAAGCACGUCAAGGUGCCGACAGCGUCCCGGAAAACUCCCUCAUCGCCCGGCAGUGAACGGGGGUCGGUCGCGGACAAGUCUGAGCGUAAAUUUUUAAGGAGGUCGAACAACAAGAGUCCGAUCAACAGCAUGAAUCACUGUGACGAACAAGAACGACCGCAGAGUGAGCCAGAGGAGAUGGAAACGCAGGAGGCACCAGACGACUCUUUGGUCCCAGAAGUUCAAGCCACCGACGACAGCAAGACGGAGGGUGCCAAAAAGGAUGAGGGCAAAAAGGAGUCGGAGGACCACGUCACCAUCAACGGCGAUAUCGCAAUGGAAGGAGAAGGGGACCAGACCUUACCGGAGGAGAACGCAGAAGAAGACGGCAGUCGUUCGGAGGCUACUUUCAAGUACACGGUGCAAGGCGUCAGCAAGAUAAAGGAGACAUCGCUCAGCCCGUCGGUGACAGUGCGGAACCUGCCAUGGAAAAUCAUGGCCAUGCCGAGGACGUCCAAUAGCGGGGAACGCACCAUGAAGACCCUGGGCUUUUUUCUGCAGUGCAAUGCCGAGUCUGAAUCACAGACAUGGUCUUGCCAGGCUUCAGCUGAACUCCGGCUGUUGAACCAGAGGGAUGGGUCCGACUACACAAAACGAAUUUCACACUUAUUCUACAGUAAAGAAAACGACUGGGGAUUCAGUAAUUUUAUAGCAUUGCCGGAUUUACUGGACCCAGAGAAGGGGUACAUCAAAGAUGACAGCAUUGUACUGGAGGUUCAAGUCUUGGCUGAUGCACCGCAUGGAGUCAGUUGGGACUCCAAGAAGUUAACCGGUUACGUGGGUCUGAAGAACCAAGGCGCAACGUGCUACAUGAACUCACUCCUUCAGUGUCUCUUCUUCACAAAUCAACUCAGGAAGGCUGUGUAUCUGAUGCCUACGGAGAGUGACGACUCGGCCAAGAGCGUACCCCUGGCACUGCAGAGGGUCUUCUAUGAACUCCAGCACAGCGAGAAAGCUGUGGGCACCAAGAAACUCACCAAGUCAUUUGGCUGGGAGACCUUAGAUUCUUUUAUGCAACACGACGUCCAAGAGCUGUGCAGAGUGCUACUGGACAAUAUAGAAAUCAAGAUGAAAGGUACAUGCGUGGAAGGCACCAUACCCAAACUCUUUGAAGGGAAGAUGCAUUCGUAUAUAAAAUGUAAACACAUUGACUAUGAGUCGGUCAGAAAUGAGCCUUUCUAUGACAUCCAGCUCAACAUCAAAGGCAAGAAAAACGUUUAUGAAUCUUUCAAAGACUACAUUGCCACGGAAACGAUGGACGGCGAGAACAAGUAUGAUGCCGGCGAACAUGGGUUACAGGAAGCAGAGAAAGGUGUGAUAUUCCACAAGUUUCCUCCAGUGCUCCACCUGCAGCUGAUGCGAUUCCAGUACGAUCCAGUCACUGACUCCAACGUCAAAAUCAAUGACAGGUACGAGUUUCCUUUCAAGCUGAACCUGGACCCAUUCCUGAAGGAACCAGAGACUACACCGGCUGACUACACAUUACACUCGGUGCUUGUACAUAGCGGUGAUAACCACGGCGGUCAUUAUGUGGGCUUCAUCAACCCUAACGGCGACGGAAAGUGGUGUAAAUUUGACGAUGACGUUGUCUCGAGAUGUACAAAGGCUGAAGCUAUCGAUAACAACUACGGUGGGCAUGAGGACGACCUGUCGGUCAGACACUGCACCAAUGCUUACAUGUUGGUGUACAUCAGGGACAGCUGUAAACCUGAUCUCCUACAGCAAGUCACAGACGAAGAUAUCCCUGAAACAUUAAAGAGAAGACUUCUAGAGGAAAAGAGAUUAGAAGCCCAGAAACGCAAAGAGCGGACAGAGGCCCACCUGUACAUGACCCUCCAGGUUGCCAUGGAAGAUCAGCUGUACGGUCACCAAGGCAACGACCUCUGUGACUUCGACAAAAUGAAAUUCAGAGAGUUCCGUAUUCUGAAGAUGUCGACGUACAGCGACAUCAUGUCCAUGCUGUCACAAGCCAUGGGAUACCCUGAGGAUCAGAUGAGGAUAUGGCCAUUCAUCAGUCGCACCAACCAGACCUACAGGCCGACGGUGCUGGAUCUGGAUAAUCCUAACAAAACGAUACACGACAUUGCGGAUGGCGAGAUAGUCUGGACAAUCUUCCUAGAGACGCAACUUGCUGAGUUUCCCAGCGCCAGUCUGCCUAGUUUUGACAAAGAAAGUGAUGUCUUAUUGUUUCUCAAAAUGUACGACCCCAAACUCAAGAGAGUAUCUUUCUGUGGUCACAUCUAUCCACCCAUCAGCACCAAAGUCAGUCAACUACUACCAGUCAUGUGUGAAAGGGCAGGCUUGCCACAAGGGACUUCUCUUGUACUGUAUGAGGAGGUGAAACCCAACCUGACGGAGAAGAUACCAGACCUGUCAUUACAACUUGACAAGGCCCUGGAUGAGUUAAUGGACGGUGAUAUUAUCGUCUUCCAGAGGGACGACCCUGAGAACUCCCAGUAUGAGCUGCCGACGGCGAGGGAUUAUUUCCGAGAUCUGUUUUGGCGAGUUGACGUAUACUUCUACGACAAGAAUAAUCCCACGGAUCCUGGCUUCAUGUUGGUCCUGUCACAGAAGAUGAAUUACUUCCAGAUUGCCAAGGCGGUAGCAGCUCAGUUGGACACAGAUCCCAUGUUGCUGCAGUUCUUCAAGAGCCAAGGUCACAGAGAUGGUCCCGGCCACCCACUACGCUGUACAUACGACGGGACUCUGAGGGAUUUACUGUCAACACUCAAACCCAGACAACCCAAGAAGCUCUACUACCAGAAGCUGAGCAUCAAGAUAAACGAGCUGGAAAACAAGAGGCAAUUCAAGUGCUACUUUGUGAAUUCCAAGCUCAAAGAAGAGGAGUUAGUCUUGUACCCUAACAAAACAGACACUGUGAGGGAUCUUCUAACAGAAGCCAAGAAGUACCUCACGCUAACUGAGAAUGGCACCGGCAAACUUAGGUUACUGGACGUAAUCAGCAACAAGAUCUACCAAGAACACAAGGAGGAUACACUCCUGGACCAUCUCAACCCAGCUGGUAGCAAGACAUACAGGAUAGAGGAGCUUCCCCUCGACCAAGUCAACCUAGAGGACGGUGAGAUGCUGGUCUGUGCAGCCCAUUACCACAAGGAUCUCUUCAGUACCUUUGGCAUGCCGUUCCUGCUGAGAAUUAAAGAGGGUGAAUUGUUCUCAGACGUCAAAGAGAGAAUAAGGGAAAUUCUGGAUAUUUCCGAGAAGGAACUGGAAAAAAUCAAGUUUGCAAUAGUAGUCAUGGGCAGGCCAACGUACAUCUCGGAAGAGAGUGACGUCAAAGUGAAUAUUAAGGAUUUCCAGCCGCAAAUACACAGCAGUGGUACAGCACAGCCCAGGCCGUGGCUAGGCCUAGACCACAUGAACAAGAACAAGAAGCCUAGGUUCAACUACUUUGAGAAAGCCAUCAAGAUCCUGAACUAGUCCCUGUAGCCUCCGAUUCCUCCCGUAGCUUACCAACCCCUCCCCGCCAGUUUCAAGGUAUAACCUUCUAGAAAAUUGUCUCAACACUCGAAAUACAUGAAUUUAUAACAUUCACGUAGUUUUGAUCAAACAAAAAAAUAGUAGUCAGACUCAGAUAUUUUACCAACCCAUUUGCCUGAACUUUUUUCCGAAGAUGUGGAAAAUUCUUGCAUUUAUAUUCUCAAAAAGAUGAACUCCUACGUAUUUGUCACCAAUCGGUGGAAGUGCUACAAGCACCGUAAAAUUAUCUGAUAUGUCACGCAGGUUAGUAUGAUCUGUGCAUAGUCUGGACAUAUCUUAGAUUUCAGGUUCAGAGAGAAUCCUGAGCAAUCGGUCAUUGUACAUUCUCGAUAUCUUUUGCUUUGCGUUCAAAUCCUGAUCAGUAGAACUAAACUAAUUAGGCCUAUCGUUGUCCUGUCGAAGGAAUGGAAAAUCUCAGCCGCUAUACAUGUACAGUCUAUGUGCAAUGGGGUUUUGAUCUGAUACAAGACAAAUACAGAUGAGUCGUGUAUUCAUUUUAUAAGAGGUUAAGCGCUGUAAUAUAAACGUGUACAUGCACAGUUUCAGUUUUCAGGUUAUAGGUUAUGAUUCUAAAAAUGAAACGCAAGAUUUUGUAACAUGGCGUGGAAGCUGUUUAUUUGGGAUGGGAAUCUCUGCAUUCUUUUGGGGAUUUUUUUUUUCUCCAUUUCUCGGUUACUCAAACAAAUAUCUCGCACCUUUUAUCGCAGCAACAAACAGUGUGUAUACAGUGAGAGCAUUGAACAGGGCAUGUACCCAAAUAGACUGGUGGUAGUGAUGUGGUGGCCCAUGCCAAACUGAUCACUAUUGUGUCCAUUGGUUGCCAGACCAAGAUGGCUGUAUUAAUAGCUCAAGUCCUUUAUCACAAAUUUUGUCAUUCUUGUUUCACAUCUGUCUUUUCUCUCUGUCCACUUUUGUCUGCUUCUGUGUAUUUACUCAAUUCCGACUAAGAAAAUGGGGGAAAUUAUUACCUUUUUGUGGGAGUGUAUACUCUUUUUUCCCCCCACAAUUUCUCUCACCAAUACAUUCUUAACAUUAAUCUACAACCUUUCAAAUGAAUUUCAUCUGCAAGUUGCUUUGCAGUUAUUUCAGGCAAGUUUACAUCACACAACGUCCAAAACAGAAAGUGAAUGAACAGCCUACGAUUUGGCCAUGCAAAGAAACGGAUAAUUUUUACAGUAAUGACUGUGAGUACAAGUCUCUGCCCGGUUAGUGUGAAUCUCUGAACGAACCUUUGAAAGAGCCAUUGAAAAUGUUGAUGCUGCUGGUCUCAUUUUUCAAGACACUAAUUUAUUCUCAUAUUAAAAUGUAUCGUUGGAUAAAGAGGCACGGAAUCCAAGCAAAAGUCUGGAAUCGAGACAAUUUGGGUGAAACAUUUUAGACGUCGCUGUCACAAUAUUUAAUCUACAUACCACUAUUUUCCAAUCAUAUGAAACCUGAUUCUGUGAACUGAAUGUUGUUUGUUUAAUGCUUUUUUUUAUUCAUUUUCCCAAAAAUAAUUGACACGUGACACUUUUCUUGUUGGGGGCGAAUGGCUCUAAAACAAGUUUAACAGACCACAAAAUAAAUUGGGUGGUCAGAUUUAAAUAUGGAGGUUAAACUUGCACCAACAAUUGAUAAUUUUAUCUUAAAUUUGACAGUAAGCCGUCAGCUUUAAGAAAACUCCACUGUUAAUAUUCGGCAAUUUGCCGGGAUAGCCCACAAAAGUCUUUCGACUUAUUUUCAGUGGGGUCCCUUGGUAGAAGAUGUGGAAGGCAAUUACAGUUUUAGUGGUUGGGAGGAAAACCCCAGAAUGAUAUUCUGGGGAAAACUCACAGAAUCAGGCAGGGACUGAAAAACCAAUCCACAUGUUGGCCCAGGCGGGGUUCGAACCCGGGACACAGCGGUGCAAGGCGAGAAAAGAACUGCUACACCAACCUGACUCCCCCAUUGUCCGUUUUGUUUACUUUGUGUUAACUAAGUAAAGAGGGUAAGUCCUUUUGAAGCAUAUAACAUAACUUUAAUUAGCAAUGAGCAAAAAAAAAAAAAGAUCCCACUUGUUUUAUACUCUGUACAUAAAGAUAUGUCCACAUGGUCGACGCCAUUUCAGUUUUCAAAGAAAUUAAUUUAUAAUUGCGGGGAUUAAAGUGCUUUAGAAAAAAUACACUAUACUAUUAUUGAAUUGCCAAAAAAAAAAAAAAAGAAGAAAACAGAGAGACGUGAACGUUCUCGCAAAUCUAACCAACGAAAAUAGUCUGUAUAUAAAGUGUAGAUUUUUUUUUUUAAUAUACAUUUUUUUUCUUGGUGUGGGUCGGUAUUCCCUUGUUAUUGUAUUUAAACAGUGAAAAAAACGAGGCAUAUUAAAAGCAGCCAACUCGUCUUGUAGGUCAUUUGCAGCACAGUACACGUCAUUUGUCUGAUAAUUUUGUAGCUGUGCACGGUUUUGAUCAUUUUUUUUAAAUUUUUGAUGAUCCACCAAAAAAACGCAACUGCUAACCCCUAUCAGUAGCCACAAAUUUCCAGUAGCAGAAAUUAUGCCAAUUACUUUCCAUUUUCCGCAAUUUCUAGUCACGGUAAUCUCCUUAGAGCAGAGAAAUUAAAUCACUUUCACUUUAAGAAGUAUGUCAUGUCCGUGUAGUUGAUGUCAACUGGAAAUGGCUUCAAAAACUUAACAGUUGGUUUCACGAAGAAAACCAACACCUUAGUUAAGCGUUUUGCACCGUUAGCACAAACCACCGCCUUUUGUCGAUCUAAACUUGAAGUAUGCAAGAAAAGGAAAAUAUUGUCAUUUUUUUUCUUCACUCAGUGAAAUCUCGAUACGUCAAACUCUGAUAACUCAAAACAACUGUUUAGUCAAACAAAGAAUCCAUUCUCUUCAGUAGUAUAACAAUGAUAUACAACCCUGCUUAACUAAAAGUCUGCUCAAGUCAGAUACUGAACCUGUUCCCUUGAGGUUUGACUUAUCAAGAUUUCACUGUAAUUUCAAACUCAUUGGCAUUACACAAAUGUACUUUAUGAUUUUUUCCAUUUAAAAAAAAAAUGUAUUUGCCACAAAUCUCUUUGAAAAAUUGGUCUCUUUCCCACUGUUCGUUAUUUGUAUGACACCUGAACAAGUUUGUGAACGGCUUCAGUGGUCUUGCGUCGUAAGAUAUGCAUGUGAUUAAGUUGCGUUGAAUUGUGAACAAGUGGAACCUGGAUACAAAUUCUAAUGAGACAUCUUUUCUCCCUUUGUUUUUCUAGUCCAAUAAUCUCCAGAUUUUUUCUGUGAAACUGGCAGAAAAACAAGUUUUACCAUCUUUGCUUUUGUGUCGUAAAACUUCAUUGUCGUUGCCAGUUUCAGAGACAACAUUGUGACUGAAGCAUUUUUUUGGGUCUGUUUUCCUUGUCCUGUUAAGUGUUUGUAUUUGAUUGUCGGAGUUUCUUGGAUUUGAUUGUAUUCCUUCCAGAGUUUUUCUAUGCAUAUUAACCUUUUUUGUUAUGCUUUCAUCAGAAAUAUGAAGUUUUUGUUUUUAUCCCAGUUCAAUUUAGUACCACGUGGUAAGCCUGUUUCUUCUAAUACAUUGCCAAAAAAAGAAAGAAAAAAAAUGUUGAAAUCGGGAUGAAAAUCAUUGGCCAACUAGAUUUUGGCUUACUAAAAGUCAUGUCAAAAUUAUUAUUGAAGCAGAAACAAUGGCCUUAUGUCAAAUUGUGGUAUUUAUUUUCCUUGCAAACCAGAACUUGUUGGUGUUAAAGAGAAUGUACAACAUUUGCUUUUGCUGCAAUUUUCAGAAAUAAAUGGAUUUGGAGGAUUAGCAUGUUAUAGCAAAAAUUGUUAAACUGACUUGUUUCACGUUUUGGACUAGUAGAUGAUGGAAAAACCAAGAAAACCAAUCAUGUUCUUGUAGUCUGGUUCCCUGACUCCACUUAAGAUUAAACGGAGCAAUUUAUAGACUGGUGGAAUUGUAAGGUCAGAGAAUCAGUCUAGUAGGCUUGUACCAUUUCGCAGGUGUGUAAACAAUUGCAAAGUAAAUGCGGAAUAACUAAAUAUGAAAAAAUUAGGAGCAGUUUUUGAAAAAAGCCAGUUUUCUCCAACGCUGGUCGGCUGACCAGCGUUGGAAAAAUACAAGUUUUCUUGAAAAUGUCAGCUCACCAGGAGCCACGAUUUUAAUGGAUGCUUUGGACUGUCAUUCCCUAACAAUAUAGUGAGAUAUUUCGUGAUAAUUUGAUCAUUUCGUUUUUUGAUGUUUGCAAAUGUUGUUUUUCCCUUUAAUAUAUUAGUUAUGUCAACUAAAUUUGAAGUUUUCAAGAUCAGAUAUGUAGACGCUGCUUUUCAUUCAACUUUCACGAUGAGGAACUCUUUGAAAUGAUGCUGGUUCAGUUUUUGACUCUUGAAUGGUGGAACCUUUCGACCUGUCACAGUUCUUGACUUAAAGUUUGUUUUCCCUUCAAAAGGAGAGUACAAAAUUUUCUAAUGCUUCUGUAGGUGUGCAAUAUGACCCAAAAUUCUGGAUUUUCACAGCAUUAUGACACCGUGCAACACACUUAUAUUACCUCUGCCCUCACUUCCCACAAGUGCCCUUCACAAAAAUGCACAUUUUCGGAAUGACUACAGUUCCUCCGUUUUCAUUUCAACUGCACACAAGUAGACACAGCGAAUCCCCCCCCCCUCCCCCCCCAAAAAAAAAUCUUUGAAAUAUGGUGCGAGUAUUUAACGUAAGCAGCACUCACACACGCAAAGUAUUAUACAUGUACAUGUCCGUGUAUGUAUAUGUAUAUAUUAUAAUUUCAUUCUUAAUACGGUUUGAUUUAGAUCAUUAUGUUAGCUUUUUUAUAUUGCACAUUUGGUUAAUUAUUUAAUGACCUGAUGAGACAGUUCGUUAGACUGAGUUCAAACGGCAGAUGUUCGGUGCACAUGUAGACCGUUUUUGUUUUGGCUGGCUUAUUUUUGGCUCAGUUCAUUAAUAUAUUUGUAUUGUAAUUGUAAAUAAAGUGAGGUUAUUAAUUAAUUAUGAUGUAAUAGACGCUGAGAACAGUGGGAUUAAAAAACAAAAGUGGUAAACCAAAAUGGUAUAGACCGAUAUUUGGGAUUAGAAAAUGAUUUCAAUUUUUUGUUUGUUUAAUUGUAAUAAAAAAUCACCUUGUAAAUGUGAGACAUUGAAAGAUUA